CAGACCCAGUUAUCGAGAAACCCUCGUUUAAGAUGGAUUCCGACGCCGGCGGAGGUGCAAAUCGCCGGCGUCGGGACUUUGCUUCUCCGAUCUACCUGUUUUGGUUACUAUUCAUGCUCUCUAUGCUUUCAGCUUCACUCCUCACCUUGCAAACUUUGUCUCAACCUUCACAAAUCCUCUUUCCCUCCUCAUUCAACGGCGACCAAUUCAGCGACGGUGGAAGAUGCUGGGGUCCGGCGUUUGCCCUCCCACCUCACCCUCUGCUCGCAAUAGAUCCGUCAAAACCACCUUACUCCGGCGAUGUAAACCUUAAAGCAAAAUCUAUGGCCAUCGCUAAGCUUUACACCUCCAAACCUAGAUCUGAUUUGAUUCCCCCAGAAGAACACUCACACCGGACUUCGUUGAUGGCAAGAGCUUCCUCUUGGACCGUCAGAUGCGCCAUGUCCGUUGGAGUCGUCGACGGCGCACGGCGGUUCCUUCUUCUGGGUUGAGAAAUCAUGGCUUUCCGAUCGCACUCUACUGGGAAAAAUGGUGAGCCUUCUCACCUAUCUUAUCGGCUUAUUCAGAUCCGCUCUUAAGACCGCUCUGUCAAGAUCUCUUUUCUCGUAUCCGGUGACGGCCUCCAUCUCCGAUCAUACGCCUCUGGCGAUGUCAAGUCGGGAUCGUGAGCAGCCGCUCAGUCCGUCGAAACAACGGCAAGCACAAGGCAAAACCCUAAUUGUCAAGAUGGGCCUUUUCUUUGUGAUAGGCCUACCUUCUUCUGGCCCACUAAGCUAUCUCCUACGGCCCAAGAGUAUUUGUACAUUCCCAUCUUUGCAUCUACUAGACCCAGGUCUGUCCCAAUUAUUUUUUUGUCAAGCCCUAAUUUAUUGAUGUCUCUUUCCCCUGUUGAGAAUGGCCGAGGACGCCACCCUCACAUCGGAUCGAAACCAAUAAUUAGGAUCGACAAAUACCAUCCUUUAAUCCUGAUGGAAGAUAAGUUUAGAGUUUUAGAGCAAAUCUCUGAACCCUUUUAUCCCUCUAAGAAUCCUUUGUAACCAUCCUCUUCAAUAGAGAGAACUAUUGCUAGACCUUCGACCUCUUUGCGGAGAAACCGUGUUGGUUUCCUAAUCUUCUUUUUAGAAGCGACGUGCAUUGAGUCGAUAUCACCCAAGGUCAAGGAAUUUUUAUCAACGUCACUAGCCCUUUAUGGAAAUGUGACCAUUCAACAAUGUCCCGAAAUCCUCGUGGAAUUGUCUUCGACUCACCACUAUAUCGUUUGUGGCAAGCUACUAUAUUGUUCUUGUCUCCGAUGUUUGGACCUUUCGUCGAAUUACUCUAUCUAUGUUAUCUACCAAUCGCUUUUAAGAGUACUAGUUGCUAUCUUUGUUGUAUCCAACGAUGAGGUUGAUGUUUACUUAACAUUUGUACUUGCUAUGGCUUGAAUGAAUGAAAUAUGUU